AUGCACAGAUUUUCUUCAUUUCUAUUUAAAAGAUUACACCAUGUUUGUAGUGUAACUACACUUUGCAGACCAGAGACAAUAUAUGCACUAUCCACUUCACCAGGGAAAGCUGGUGUUGCUGUCAUUCGAGUAUCUGGGAAAAGCGCCAAAAAAGUAAAAAGUGCAAGAUAUGUUAUAGAAAAAAUGACAACAAGCCCAGUUGAACCUAGAAUGGCCAAUUUUAGACGCAUAAGGCACCCAAAGACAGGUCAAGUUCUCGAUCGUGGCUUGAUCUUGUGGUUUCCUGGGCCUCGCAGCUUCACAGGAGAAGACUCGGUCGAAUUGCAAAUUCACGGAGGAAACGCUGUUGUCAAAAGCGUCUUGGAGGCAUUACGCGAAAUAGAGGACUUUAGGAUGGCAGAGCAAGGUGAAUUUGCAAGGAGAGCCUUUGAUAACAACAAGCUGGAUCUCACUGAAUUAGAAGGGUUGGCAGACCUCUUGAACGCCGAAACAGAAUUACAAAGAAAACUUGCCUUACAACAAGCUGAGGGCGGACUUAGAGUACCUUAUGAAAAGUGGAGACAAGAAAUAAUUCACUGUAUGGCCAAGACAGAGGCGGUGAUAGAUUUUGGAGAAGAUGAAAAUAUAGAAGAAGGCGUUAUGGAUGAAGUUAUUAGAGAUGUUAGACAAUUAUAUACAUCGAUUUCCAAACAUUUAGAUGAUAGCCACAUUGGUGAAAUUGUUCGCAGCGGUAUCCAUGUGGCGAUCAUGGGUCCACCGAAUGCAGGAAAGAGCACUCUUUUGAAUAGACUUACCAAACGAGAAGCGGCCAUUGUUUCAAAUAUACCAGGCACAACAAGAGAUAUUGUCGAAGUUAAACUUGAUCUAGCGGGGUUUCCUGUUGUUCUAUGCGAUACAGCAGGUUUAAGAGAGUCAUCUGAUGUUAUAGAAAUGGAAGGAAUUAAAAGGGCAAAAGCUAGAAUCGACAUUUCAGAUAUAAAGAUUUGUAUGCUAUCAGCGGAACAAGGAGAAUCGAUUGAUCCUAUGGUUGAGCAAUUAAUUGAUGAUAACACUUAUGUUAUAUUGAAUAAAGAAGAUGCAGUUUCUCAGCAAGAGCUCGUUGAUCUGUCAGAUAGAAUUAGGGCUAAAGUGAAAUCAAAAAAUAUAUGGACAAUGAGCUGCAAGACGGGCCUGGGCGUUGAUAGGUUUUUGGCAGAAUUACUAAACGUACUCAAAUCCAGAUUUGACUCGGCUUUAGAUAACCCUGUAUUGAUUACACAAGCACGGCAUAGAGAACACCUUGAAGAGUGUGUUCGUUCUCUAAAAGCUUUCUUAGAUAUGCCUACAGAAGAGCUCGUUCUAUCAGCUGAAGAACUAAGGCUAGCAGCAAAUGCAUUAGGCCGAGUUACAGGGCGUAUAGAUGUAGAAAAAGUACUGGAUGUUUUAUUUGGGCAGUUUUGUAUUGGAAAAUAAAAAAAAAAAGGUUUGAAUUACGG